UCUCUCUCUCUCUCCACCCCUAUCUCUUUACGGGACUCUGGCAGGCCGGUAUUCCAGGAAUGUGUGGAACAUGGCGGCCGCAGCGAAGGCUCCGAAAAGCGGACUGCUCGAGGUUCGCCUGGCCGCGGAGCGCUGGAGCCGGGUGUUGGCUACACUCAGCGGUGAGACGCUUACUCUGAGUCCGGGGGAGGUGAGCGCUGAGGCGGCUAAAAGCACGCCGGCCGCCGGCGGUACUGUGAAUGGAGAACCGGGCCACCUGAGCUCCCCCGCUGUCCCGGACUCCAUCAGCAACGUGAAGAGAACCGUGCGUGUUACCAAACAGGACGUGGGAGGACUCGGCAUCAGCAUUAAAGGUGGUAAAGAGAACAAGAUGCCCAUCCUGAUUUCUAAGAUCUUUAAAGGACUCGCCGCAGACCAGACUGAGGCUUUGUAUGUCGGUGACGCCAUUUUAUCUGUCAACGGAUGCGAUCUGCGAGAAGCUACUCAUGAUGAAGCCGUACAAGCUCUGAAAAAGACAGGGAAAGAAGUCAUCUUGGAGGUGAAAUACAUAAAAGAGAUGUCUACGUUUUUUAAGAACGCCUCUUCGGGCACUCCUUCUCUCCUGGACUCUCCUCCUUCCACACCGCAGAAGCAUGUCGAGCCAGUCAUGAAGGAGACCAGAACCAUCCCGCUGAAAAUGUGCCACGUUACCCGCAAACAAUGUCCACCAGACACCGAGGACAGAUAUUUUGAGGUGGUGUCAGCUGACAGGAAGCAGUCUGCAUUUCUGAGGGCAAAGGAUCCUGCAAUGGCCCAGUCCUGGUAUAAUGCUAUCCAAUCAGGCUGUGCUGCACUUCUCCCUACAGCUAAAGACAGCCUCAGAGCCUUGCAGCCAGGCAUGGACAUUACACACAUGGGCUGGAUAAUAGAACAGGGAUCCGAGAAGCCGAUACUGGCAGUGCUAACAAACUGCGAUCUGUUCCUGUACAGCUCUUUCCCUGAGAGCAGAGAGAGUCUUAAUAGCCCAGACAAGAACCAUCCCCUCAUUACCACCAGGCUUGUUCAUUCUGGGCCUGGAAAAAGUUCAUCAGGACAGGACUGUGAUUUAACAUUCGGCCUGCGUUUAGGCACUAAGCAUGGUGUGGAGACCCACCUGUUCCGAGUGGACACUGCCAAAGAACUUUCCACUUGGAGCCACCUCUUGGUGGAAGGCUGUCACAGUGCUGCUGAGCUCAUCCAGGAAGUCACUACAGCAUGCAGUUGGAACGGUCAGUCAUGCAUGCUCAGUGUGCACAUAGAGAACGGUUUUACUCUGUUCACCGAGGAGGCAGGUGUGAGGAGACACAUUCUUUUGCAGCAGCCGUUUGAGCGUCUCCGCAUGUCCUCCGACGACGGAGUGCGCAUGAUGUUCCUUGACUUUGGAGGCCCGGAGGCUGAGAUUCAUCUGGAUCUUCAUGCCUGUCCCAAGACCAUUGUCUUCAUCAUUCACUCUUUCCUCUCGGCCAAGGUGAAGCGUUUAGGCCUGCUUGCAUGAGCACCGACGUUCCAAACCCAAUACACGGAUAUGACGACAUGACAUGAGGCACGACCGGAACGUUGGAAGGUGGACAGACUGAUUUAAAACCAGGGGCUGCUGUCGGGGGAGUCCUACCACUGUUGUCCAACAAACAGUUUAAACCCAUGCAUCAAAAAGUGUUCAUUCUACUUUACAUGUCAAAUGUUGUGUUUGUUUUUUUUUUCAGAGAGCGAGUGCCAUAUCAAUUUGUAUGAAACAAUUGUUGAGGGCAGAAACGCAAAAACUAAAUAUGAUGAGGAAAUACAUCACUGAAAAACGAAAUACUGGCAAGCAGUGGAUUAAGUCGAGAGAAUGUGGUGCGGUCUGGUCACAAUCAGAUAAUCAGAGAUGCAAACAUACAGUAUAUUUUUGUAAAAAUAUUUCCUGUGGUUUCUUGUGGAAUGAUGCGAUUUUAAUACGGAGCAAUCACAUGGGUUUUACUAUAUAAACCCCCUAAACACAAACAGCUUGGUAAAAAAGCAAGAGAGCUUUUCACAUUUUAUCCCCUACUGAAAGAGAUGAAAGUGCAAGACUGGGCUCCAACUCAUUAUUUGUCGUGGUAACAGGCACACGUCCAGUGAAAAGUUAUUGAGCACCCUAUAUUUAAUUAUUUUACCAUUUUUCAUUAAGAGAAAUGUUUGAUGACUUGCAUUAUACCUGAUGCAUUGACUAUCAAAGAGUGGCCUAAAAAAAGCCCUGGGCUCUGAGAUUUAAGAGCUUUUUUUCAUCUCAAGUUAAAUACAGAGAGUGAAAUCUUUGAGGAACAAAGACCCCCGCUACUUAUUUUACCUUCUUUAAUUACCAGUCUCUACUUUUCAGUUUUGUCUGUGGCACUAAUAGUCUUUAAACUGUAAUAAAACAUACGAAAAAAUCUUCAGGUGUUCAAAAACUUCUGACUGACAGUGUAAAGUGGUUCUUUCAUGCGGUUACGGGUGUAAUUAGAAUAUCACGACGCACCAUGCCAUUAGGAGGCCGCAUAAGCGCUCUUUAAACGCACCAGUGAGACAGUGGGCUGCAAACAUGAGAAUCUGGGGAAUUCUGCUUUCGAAUUACAGCACAGAAUAUCCUUUUCGUCGUUCCUUCUAAGACGCGCGCUGAAAUAGAACGUAUCCACAGCUUCUUGUAUUUUGCCAUUGAACCCUUGUACCCCAGCUGAUGAAGUUUUACAUCAUUCUUCUCUCCUGAGGGAAAAAGCUUCUUCCGCGAGACUUCUGAUAGACAGCCAGUCGAAUCUAAUUGUUUCUCAUUCGUCAUAUAAUACAAUAUGUGAUUGAAUUCUUUUUCUUUUAUUUGAAAUCAAUCCUUUUCUGGCAGCUUGUCAAAAUAUGAAACGGUAUCAGUUUUAAAA